ACCUUAUUACCCUCCAAAUCCCUCAUUACAGUUCUAUUCCACAUCCACCUCCUCCAGUGCCUCCAAAAUCGCAACGCCAGCUCCUAACUUUUGCCAUCGCCUCCGCUUUCCACAUAUCCCGUCCGCACCGUCUCCCGAUCCGCAAUAAUUCAUUUUCUUAUUUGGCACUAAACGAGGUGGAUAAGAUUUUACGCGGUAUAAGUUACCCUCGUGGCGCCUCAGAAAGCGAGACAUUACUGUUUUAUCAAGCCUCGUUCAAGCACCGUAUAGAGCGGCGCGCUGAGCGCGUUGAGGAGCCGAUCGACCAUGGCAUCGUCGGUGAUGGAGGAGGUGCGGAAGGUGAUGGCGAUUGUGACGGACGGGAACGAGCAGCUGCAGCAGGCGCAGGAGCAGGCGUCGGCGGUCAUCCGCGAGACGACUGCGUCCGCGCGGCAGCAGAUGGCGGUGAUGGAAGCCGCAGCGUCGGAGCACCUGCAAGAAGCCAAGGCGUCAUUUGAGGUCGCUCGCGAGACGUACACACAGUACGAGGAUAUCUUCUUCCACCACCUCAAGAUGGGAGUGUAUUUGGCCUCGGAGCAUCGCGUAGCCUCGUCUGCCAUCCUGCUCUCUUCUCUCGCUUUCGUACUUCCAGGUCCACGCAAGAUGCUGUACCGAGCAACAUUUGGCCGGUUUCAAACACCAGAGGUGCUGGUCGAGUCAGCUGAGCGCAAGCUAGAAGGCCUGAAGCAGUCAGUGGAAGUAUUCAAAAACGACACCAAGAAGCUGCAGGAGCGGGCCCAAAUGGCAGAAUCGGAGUUCAUAUCAGGCCGAGACAAGCUGAGGGCUGCAGGGGCUGAGAUGCAACGGCUGGCAGGAACUGUACGGGCAGCCGAAAAGAAGUCACAAGGGCUCCGUGAGCUCUUGAAAGACCUUCCUGCGAGGGACAGCGUUCGGUUGCGGUCGGAGCUGGCCAUGGCAACUCGGGAGGCUCAGCGUCAGCUGCAUGCCAUCAACAAGACAACCGUGCACGUGGCUCGCCUCGGGAUUCCCAUCUGAAGGGUGGCUCAUCUCGGGAUCCCCAUUUGGUCGCAGAUUGUAACAGUAUCCCCAUUGGAAAGUAGAUUGUUUCGUUGCUGCGUAAGCAAGUCAUUCUUGUCUUUUAGUUCAUCAGGAGAGCUGGCACAAAAUGUUGCAGC